GGUACAAGGAAAGAGCAAUAAAUGGUUCGACCCCGUUUCCCACUGCUAGAGUGCCAACUCGCCAAAUUAUAUCCGUCAUGUCCGACGUUAGUGUUGGUCCACCUUGGGGAAGAGGAGACCGUGUGGAGGGGAUGACGGGUUGCUAUACUGCGGGGUUCCCAUUCUUGUUUUCAGGAUCACGUUCACAGUCGUACGGUAAUUUCGGAAGCAUUUUUGGCGCCGAAACGUGGUCAGAACUUUUAUUAUGUGACCUAUACUUCGUAACAAGGUGCUCGCCUCUAGCUCCGCUACUUAUAGUUAUUGUCAAACACAGAAGCAUUUUCCAUAUCUCCCGAAUUACUACCAUGGCACCACCUUUCAGAGCCGACCACAUCGGAUCACUAUUGCGACCACAAGGCCUCCUGGACGCUCGCAACCAGGUAUCUUCAUCUCAGCAGUCUUACUAUGUGGAUAUCUCGUCCGCUGUGAAGGACAUUGAAGCGAAAGCCGUAAGCGAUGUUGUCGAGCUUCAGCAAAUCAAGGGUAUCAGGCCUAUCACUGACGGCGAAUAUGCUCGACACAUCUACUUCGGAGGUCUAUUCGAGAAGCUGUCUGGUUUUGAGGUCAAGUCAGAAUUGCCCAUUCCGGAUGCUUUUCGCACCGACUUUCCAACAACUGUGGGGUUGGCGAAGAUGGGCGCCAGGACACGAGCUGUGGUGAUAUGUACAGGAAAGAUCGAGUACAAGCAAUCUCCCUAUUUACCUGAGUGGUUGGCGCUGCGCGACAAACUUUCCCAGUCGCAGUGGGCGGAGGCGAAAAUAACGAUGCCAACCCCAAACUACCAACAUAUACAGCUGAAGCCGGGGACCGCUUUUACCCCAGGGUCUGGGUACACAUCAGACGAGGAGUAUUUUCGUGAUCUGGCCGCUUGUUACUCGGCAGAACUCAAGACUCUCUACGAUGCAGGCCUCCGGAAUGCCCAGAUCGACGAUCCGCAUCUGACCUACUUCUGCUCACAACAGUUUCUCGAUGGGUGCCGAAAGGAUGGCACGGACACAGAUGCGCUACUCGACCUAUACAUCCGUACUCACAACAAAUUGCUGGCUAACAAACCCGCCGAUCUCCAUGUGGGCGUUCAUCUGUGCCGUGGGAACAUGUCUGGGUCUACUCACUGGGUCUCUGGCUCUUACGAGAACAUCGCGGAUAAACUGUUCAAUCAGACAGAUUACCAAACUUUUUACCUCGAGUUCGAUGACCUGGAACGAGUUGGUGGGUUUGAGCCGCUUCGUUUUCUACCCAAGGGCAAGAAUGUUGUGCUGGGGCUGGUGUCGACGAAAACAGCAGACCUAGAAGAUCAUGAGGCUCUCAAGGCGAAGAUCCGGGAGGCUGCAGCUGUCGUUGCCGAGGCACAAGGAGUAUCAGUGAACGAGGCUUUGGACUGCCUUGCGAUAAGUCCACAAUGCGGCUUCAGCAGUCACAGUCAGUCAGGCGGUACAGGGAUGACAAUGGAUCGGAUGUGGGCAAAACUGGAAAUGGUCAAAGAGGUAGCAAAAGAGGUAUGGUGAUGACAGGAAUGGGUGGAGCCGAUUUGAGAUUGUUGUAUUAGGGACUACGAGGAGAUUUUGUAGCGGGAGCCUAUAUGAUUAGACGUUUAGCACGACAGUCUUUCUCUGUUCUUUGAUAAUCUGAGUGCAUUGUGCUAGUCGUCGCAGCUGAGAAGACUUGAG